AUGGUCCGCAUCAGUGAGGAUCUGAUCCGCCGCAGAGCAGAACACAAUAAUGGGGAGAUCUUUUCCCUGGAGGAGGUUUCCCUCCAUCAGCAGGACAUCGAGAGGAUCGAGCAUAUCGACAAAUGGUGCAGAGACCUCAAAAUCCUCUACUUGCAGAACAACCUCAUCCCAAAGAUAGAAAAUGUGGGCAGACUAAAGAAGCUGGAGUAUCUAAAUCUGGCACUGAACAACAUAGAAGUCAUCGAGAAUUUAGAAGGCUGUGAGAGCUUACAGAAGCUAGACCUGACGGUGAAUUUUGUGGGUAAGCUGAGCAGUGUGGAGUCUCUGAAGCAGAACGUUCUUCUCCGAGAGCUCUACCUGGUGGGAAACCCUUGUACUGAAUUUCACGGAUACAGACAGUAUGUGAUGGCAUGUCUGCCUCAACUACAGUGGUUGGAUGGGAAAGAAAUCAGGCGAGGUGAGCGUAUUCAGGCCCUGCAGGAACUGGAUGCAGUGAGGAGACAUGUUUUAGAGCAUGAGGCGGAGUAUUUAGAGAAAAGAGAGGAACAAAAAAGAAGUGGUUUGAAAGAGACAAUAGAAAAGCAGGAGGAUCCUCAAAUAAACCAAUUGCUCUCUGAAAACCAAAACGGGACUCAUCAGAAUCCAGAAUCAAGCUCUAAGGCCCACACCGAGGAUAAAGAGAAGGAAUUCUGGGAAAAGCCAUGCCCAUUCACACCAGAAUCCAGACUAGAGGCCCAUCGCCAUCUGGAGGACAAGAGAAGGGUCAAAGAGAAAGAGAGAGAGAAGCCUAAAACCAAAACCCCUAGAACUCUGAUUACUGCAGAUGGACGAGUGCUGAACAUCAACGAGCCCAAGUUGGACUUCAGUCUCACUGAGGAUGAGAACAACUGCAUGCAUUUGGAAAUACAUGUUUACAGGCAUAUGGACACCUCACUGCUGGAUGUGGAUGUUCAGCCAACAUACGUGAGAGUGACCGUCAAAGGAAAGGUGUUCCAGCUGGUAUUGUCUGCAGAAGUGAAACCUGACAGCAGCACAGCACAGAGAUCCCAAACCACCGGCCACCUGCUUCUCAUCCUGCCUCUGGCACAUGGAGAGAUAAAACCAAAGAAACCCAUUGCCAGGCCGACCAGUGUCACCAGUAAGCACAAUAUCAAGAAAGGGACCAGGGAAGCGCCAGGGCGUGAAUUAUUGGAGGUGGAUCCAGGUCUGGCUGGGAGUCUGGCCAACAUUGUUCCCAAAGGAAAGGAGUCUUCCCACAAGCCCCUGCAGCUCUCGCAGCCUCACCAGUGCUGUGUUGUCGAGGAGAGGCCUGUGUCAAAGGACUUCGUGGACGAUCCAGAAGUGCCUCCACUUAUGUGAGCGAGACAGAUAGAGAGAAUAUGCUAUGAUAUGACACAGCAAGAGAGCAUAAGCAUAAU